AUGUUCUCAAACGGACGUAACACCCAUGGUCGUAGCCUGCACACAAGAAUGUCUGGUGUGUUCUUUCACAAGGGGAUUUCUCGUCUUCGCUCUGAGGAGCUGCUGCUCCAAGGAGGAGAAGAUGGCAGCUUCCUGGUGCGAGACAGCGAGUCUGUAGCUGGAGCAUAUGUAUUGUGUUUGUUGUAUCAGAACCGUGUACACCAGUACAGGAUACUUCCAGACAAAGAUGGCCGCCUUUCGGUUCAGUCUGAAGGAGACAUGCAGCCUCCCACAUACAGUGACCUACCCAGUCUCAUCACCUCCUACAUCCACAAAGGAGAGAAGAAUGGGCUGGUCUGUGCUCUAAAGAAACCUAUAUCCCCAGAAGGUACUGAGAUCUUGGAAGCUGACUCAGAGGAUGAUGAUUUUGAUGAUGCAAAACAAUCAGCAGACACAAAUGAGCAAAGUGGAGCAGCAAAGACUUUUAAGUUUGGUCUCCUGAGCAAUUUUGCACGGCUAGACUUUUCAAGCUGUGAUGGGGAGUUUGUUGAUGCCAUGAAGGCCUAUGUUGAUGAGGGACUGGAGAAAGAUGCUCAAGUGUUUGGGGCAGAAGGAGGCAGGUAUGCAAUGCCAGAGUUCCAAAAGCUGCUGGCUGUUGCAGGAAAGGGGCUUCAGAGAGAGCUGGAUGUGUUCUUACUGAAGUUGUCCAUGUGCCAGGACAUGCUGUCUCAAGAGGAUGACGACAGGCGGAGGACACUGAUAUCCAACCCGGUGGAUAGGAUGGGGUCUUACAUAGAUUUUAUGGCUGCCAAGCUGGAGACAUGUCGGACCCACAUACUUGCACUGGAGAAAAGGGCUCAUGAAGUGGUCAAGGAGAGCAUUGAAACCAAAGACAAUGAGUAUGCCUACCCUGAGGUGUCCACAGCCCCAGAGCAUGUCAGUACAAACUCCUACCUCCCAAUAAUGAUGAGAAAACACAGCAGCAUCAGCAUUCCUUUGUCCACAUUUGAGGUGAAAGUAUUGAAAUAUGGGAAAGCCAACUACAAGUUAAAGCUAACUGUGGACAUACACCAGGGCCGUUUCUUUGCCGUCAAGCCUUCUAAAGACCUGCUGGAUGCAAGUAAUACAUUUCCUCAUGAUAAAAUUGUUCAGUUGGUCAAAAACACAACAGACAAAAGCCGGCUCCAUGUGAUCUUCAGCAACAAGAAGAAGUACACUUACCAGUUCCAGAGUGUUCUAGAAAGGGAGAGCUUCUGUUUGCAGAUCCGACAGAUGAAAUCGUUGCACUCGGCAGAACAAGAUGUUGAUAACGUCUCUGUGUUUAUUGGGACUUGGAAUAUGGGAAAAUCAGCCCCUGUUGAAUCCCUCAAGUACUGGCUGAAAUGUAACGGCGAUGGCAAGAACCGAGACAGGACUCUUGGCCGCCUUCCCCACGAUAUUUAUGUGAUAGGAACUCAGGAGAGUGGGAUGGCGGAGAAGGAUUGGAUCAACACUAUCAAAGCUGCACUGAAAGCUGCCCUCAACCUCGAUGUCGAUCUGCUUGAGUCCUGUUCACUGUGGGGUCUAAGAAUAUUAGUGCUGAUAAACCCAAAACAUCGGAACAAGAUCAGUCAUAUCCAGAAGGCAUCGGUUCGUACAGGGAUAGCUAACGCUCUGGGUAACAAGGGAGCAGUAGCCAUAUCUUUUCUGCUGAGUGGCACCUCCUUUUGUUUCAUUAAUGCUCACCUGGCUUCAGGUGAGGAGAGACUAGACAGGAGAAACGCCAACUUCCGUGAUAUUCUCAAGAAUCUGUCCAUGGGUCCCAAGAAUUUGGAGUGCUAUGACAUCACUCACAAGUUUCAUCACGUCUUUUUCUUUGGGGAUCUGAACUACAGGGUUACUGAACCAGUUGAGAUGGUUUUACACAAACUGGAGAAAAAGAACAUAUCCCCACUCUUGGAACAAGACCAGCUGCGCAGAUGCCAGUUUGAAAAGAAGGCUUUCUUUGGGUUCAGUGAGUCGGAAAUCUUAUUCUUGCCAACCUACAGACUAGAGAGGAUGACGCCAGGAUACAAAUAUGACUGGAAAAAAAUUAAAACCACCGGAGAAAGAAUCAAUGUCCCUUCUUGGUGCGACAGAAUACUGUGGCAUUCUUUUCCAGGAACGUUCAUAGAAAGUACUGCCUACGGCUGUGUGGACAACUUAUUAAACAGUGACCAUCGACCCGUGUUUGGCUCCUUUACUGUGGGCAUUUCUUCACCAUUCAUCCAGAACCGAGCCUCCUUACAGGAUAACUUCAAUGUGAAGUUCAUAUUCAAGUCUGUGGAAGCCCUGAUCAGGACAAGUACCAAACAGUUUUACUUCCUGGAGUUCUCCUCCUCUUGUUUACCCGACAUCAUUUGUUGUGAAUCCAACAAAAGGUUUGGAGACAGUCAGAAAGCCGGAUUCACAAAUAAUCCAAUAUGGACUUUAGAACAGUUGCCCCAGUUACGACCCCUGUUUGGAGAUGCAGAUUUUCUCGAGGACCAGCAUCUGUUGAUUGCUGUGAAAGGGGCUGGUGACGAUCAUGAGUCCUAUGGAGAAUGUGUCAUCUCUCUGAAAGACAUGUUUUCUGGGGAGCCUUGCUACUUUGAGACAACCAUGACCCACUUUGGAGAGGAAACAGGAAAGCUCAAAGGUGAAUGGUACAUCUCUACCGGGGCAGCGACAGGCGGCAGGAACAAGUCCAGCAGGAAGACUUAUGAAAUUGUUGCUCUGGACACAGAGUAUCAUGAUCCAGAAGAAUUCCUGUCUUUGUCUCCCCCGGUGGACUCUGCACACCUCAACCUGUUCUCCACAUCCUCACAGACUCCCUCCAGCCAACACACCCUGGACGGUGACCAGGCGAUCUAUAUUCCAACACACUAUGUCAACCACAACAUCAUCAAGAGAGCACCUUCAGACCCUGUUCCCGACACUCCCGAAGAAGACCUAAUUGUUAUGCCUAUUCCUCCACCGUUGCCUAACAAACGAGGGAAGACACCUCAUAUGGGACAGGUCAGUUUGCAGACUUCAAAGGUUUUGACUACCCAAGGAGGAAAAGCUGGAGAAACAUCAGGACCAUUAUUGGUUUCAACAGUUUCUAACCCCCUGGAUUCCCUGACUGGGUUCGAAGUUGACGGUGCUUGCGCAGCAGCAGGAAGCCGAAGUUCCCAGGGAGCUAAAUUUAACGGGCAGCAGUUGAUAGCGGUCUCUGCAGCAAUCCAAGCCCAGCAUAUGAUGAAAAAACUGGACAGCGGGUCUCCGUCACCUCCAGGCAGGACAAACUUCAAAGGGAAUAUGUAUCCUCCAGUUGGAGCCAAGCCGGGGGGAAGAAGGGCGAGUCAAAGUCCCCAUCCCGAGGCUCACCUCUUGUCUGGCAAUUGCCAUAUAACUUGUUUUUUUCCACAGAAUAUCUACCCUUCAAUUGCAAUUCGUCCUUAUGAAGAACUCAAGAAACCAACCAGUGUCCAGGAGUGGUUAACCGGGCUGGGAUUAGCUGAGUACAUCGGUGUUUUUUUACGCAACGGUUGGGAUUCCAUGAGUUCCAUUACCGGUUUGAACAUUGCUGGCAUCAUGAAGAUGGGAAUCCGGGACGGGGAGCAUCGUAUGAGGAUCCUAAACAGUGUCAGGGAGUUGAAAGGAGCAUCUACAUGA